CAAUUCGACCAACUAGUGAAACAGUGAUGUAUCCUUACUUCUCUAAGUGGAUAAGGGGACAUCAUGACUUGCCCUUGAGACUCAACCAGUGGUGCAAUGUUGUACGAUGGGAGUUUAGCAACCCUACCCCCUUCAUCAGGAGUCGUGAGUUUCUUUGGCAAGAAGGACACAUUGCUUUGGCAACAAAGGAGGAGGCAGGUACCGAGGUUCUUGAAAUCUUGAAUUGUAUAGACGUAUAUAUGAAUAAUUUUUAGCUGUUCCCGUCGGUAAGGGAAAGAAAAGUGAGCUUGAGAAGUUUGCCGGUGGGCUCUUCACGACUACAGUUGAGGUAUCCAGGAGCUCAUCAAGUAAUUGUUA